GAGGAAUUAAAAUCAUCACGGCAGCCGGUGAAUUGAGGGCUACUGCAACCUUCAAUAAUCUACUGACGUGCUCAACACCUGAAGAAAUCAUACUCCUUGAAACCACUUUUUAUUUUUUCUUUGUUUCCUUUUAAUUCCAAGCAGGGCACUGCAAUUGCCGCAAUGCCAACCGUGCACCUGCUUGAUUAUGUUGCCGGGAAUGUUCGCUCCUUGGUGAAUGCGAUCAAUAAAGUUGGGUAUGAUGUGGAAUGGAUUAGAUCUCCUGAUGAUUUGAAGAAUGCGGAUGUGAGAGUGCAUACCUGGCUUGAAUGUCUUGACGUUGACUUGAUCCUCAUUGACUAAUCUAUGUGCAAUCGCAGAAACUUAUCCUGCCGGGCGUCGGCCACUUCGGCCAUUGUCUUUCUCAACUCUCAGAAGGGGGAUACCUGGAACCCGUCAAACAGCAUAUAGAAGCUGGCAAACCUUUCAUGGGAGUCUGUGUCGGCCUACAGGCCCUGUUCGAGGGCUCGGAGGAGGACCCCCAUGUCCCUGGACUGGGGGUGGUCCCAAUGCGCAUGCAAAAGUUCAAUGCCGAUACCAAAAGCGUGCCGCACAUAGGUUGGAACUCUGCCAUGCAGACCAAGUGUCAUUCCUCAAGCGAUCAAACGUUCUACGGGUUAAACCCAAGCAGCAAGUAUUAUUAUGUCCAUUCAUACGCAGCACUUUAUACACCCAGUGUGCUGGAGGAACGUGGUUGGUCAGUUGCUACCGCAACAUACGGCGAGCAAGAAUUUAUCGGUGCCAUAGCCCGAGACAACAUUUUCGCGACGCAAUUUCACCCCGAGAAAAGUGGCCAUGCUGGUCUCCGGACCCUUCGCGCCUUUCUAAACGGUGAUCAGUUUCAGUCACUCGCAAAAGACCUCCCGAGCUUGCAACGGCACAAUAACGGACUGACUCGCAGAAUUAUUGCCUGUCUAGAUGUCCGUACAAAUGAUGCUGGUGAUCUAGUAGUCACGAAAGGUGACCAAUAUGAUGUCCGCGAGAAGACUGGUGUAGACGCCGGGGGGCAAGUUAGGAACCUGGGAAAGCCAGUUGAUAUGGCCAAAAAGUAUUACGAACAGGGGGCGGAUGAGGUGACUUUCCUCAACAUAACGUCUUUCAGAAAUUGCCCUUUGGCAGAUACGCCUAUGCUGGAAAUCUUGAGAAGAACAUCGGAAACGGUUUUCGUUCCUCUUACAAUAGGGGGCGGAAUCAAGGAAACUGUGGAUACUGAUGGCACUCAUGUUUCAGCGCUUGAUGUGGCAACCAUGUAUUUCAAAUCCGGAGCUGACAAAGUUAGCAUUGGGUCGGAUGCUGUCAUUGCAGCAGAACAGUUCUAUAAGGCAGGUGAAAAACUGAGUGGGCAAACUGCCAUAGAGACCAUAUCACAGGCUUAUGGAAAUCAAGCCGUGGUUGUGAGCGUCGAUCCUAAACGUGUUUAUGUUGAUCGACCUGAAGACACCGACCACCAUACCAUCAAGACGGCGCACACAAAUGCAGCAGGACAAAGCUUUUGCUGGUACCAGUGUACCAUCAAGGGGGGGAGGGAAGCUCGAGAUGUCGAUGUUCGACAGUUGGCAAUAGCCGUUGAGGCAAUGGGAGCUGGUGAAAUCCUCCUGAAUUGCAUUGAUAAGGACGGAAGCAACAGCGGAUUUGAUCUAGAACUCAUUAAUGACGUCAAAGCUGCUGUUAAAAUACCAGUUAUUGCUUCAAGUGGGGCUGGUGUUCCUGAACAUUUUGCUCAAGUCUUUGAACACACAGCUACUGAUGCAGCUCUGGGUGCUGGCAUGUUUCACCGUGGCGAGUUUACGGUUGACGAAGUGAAGGGAUAUCUGAGUAGCAGAGGCUUCUUAGUUCGUUCUUUCGAAACUGAGAUAUAGAAUGCUAUCUUGGCUCCAAAGAGGUGAGGAGGCACUGAAUGGGAAUAGAGUGGGGGAAGUGAGUUAAAAAUAGAGCGAAUUUCAUCAUUAGAUUUAUUUUUGAAACAUAAAGAAUAAUUGUUUCGUC